GCUCACAUUUAUGUACACAAGUGUAUUCAUUUCUGCGCGGGCAAUAAAAGCUCUGUAAUCUCACUCUCUCUCCUCUUAGUUACUACUCCUCCUUAUUUCAUUUUCUCUCUCUUCCUCGGGUGAAGCGAAGUUGCUGGAAAGCGUUUCAGCAAUUUCGGGUUAUGUUUGUUGAAAACAGAAUCUCUAAUGAUGACUAAGAGGAUGCCACAUUUUCUGGAAGUUUUUCUUCCUAAUUUGAGUUCUGAGAGGCUGAAAGUUCCAUCUAAAUUUGUUGAGCACCUUGAGAGCCGAACUUCUGGAUCUUUCACACUAAUAGGACCAAGUGGUAACAUAUGGCAUGUCGAUCUGAUUGAGAUCAAUGGUCACUUGUAUUUUCGUGAUGGCUGGUCCACAUUUGUGAACGAUCACUCUUUACAGUGUGGCGAUACUCUAAUCUUCAGAUACAACUGGGAUUCAAAUUUCAACAUACAAAUUUUUGAUCAAAGCUCAUGUGAGAAAGAUGAAGCAUUUUAUGCAAAUUGCAGUCAAGAAGCUUCCGAGUGUAAUGAAAACUUGGGAAGGAAAAGAGAAAGGGAGACGGAAGCUUCCAUGCUAAAUUUAGUUGCGGAUAAGAAAAUUAAGGGCAGCUGGAUGCCGGUUCAUCUCGAGUUGCCUGCUGGAAACCGAGAACAAAAAUCAAACAUGUCUACCAAGAAAAGUCAGAAAUUCAAGGAAACAACGAGUGGGUGUGAUAAUAUGACAAAAAUCAUUGCCAAGGCGUCCGACAAUGAAAUUGUCUUGGCUAUGCCUUCUCUUAACGGACCUGACAGAAUGACAAGUGCAGUAAAUUUUAAAGUUAUGAAUAUUUCUUCAAAAGUGAAGAAGUCGAAGAAAUCCUCGAAGAAGGAUCAAAGGACUGACAUCCAAAAAAUGGCCAGCAUAUCAAAGUUCGUACAGUCAAGAGUUGCUCAUCACUUCACGUCCACUUUCCCAUAUUUUGCCAGAGUUAUGUGUUAUUCAAAUAUCAGUGGCAACGGUACAAUGAAAGUUCCUACUCAUUUCUCAACAGCACAUUUUCCAAAAUCCCGAAUAAAAGUCACCCUCAUGAAUCUAAAUGGAGACUGCUGGAUGGUAAACUCAAUUCCAACUAUGAAGAGACAGACGACAUUACAUACUCUUUGUGGUGGCUGGUUAGCCUUUGUUCGUGGUAACAGUAUCAAGAUAGAAGAUGUGUGUAUUUUUGAACUCAUGGGUGAUUUUGAAAUGCGUGUACAUGUUCAACGGCAUGGUUUGGAAGGGUUAGGUUGUCAAAUUGAAAGCAACUCUGUUGAUGUUGAAGGCUUUGGAUUGGGUGGAAGGCACCUUGAAACAGCUGAAAAUGUAGCACAAGAUACAGGAGCCCGUCUUUUAAAAGAUACGGAUCAAACGAAUGAGCCAUGCACAACUCCCAACGAAAAGUAUAGAAAUAUAACAGACGAAUUGCCUUACAUGCAGCAAGAGGCAGCAUCCUCCGCUUGUACAGUUGAUGACUCUACUGCAGUACAAGUUCCUGCUUGUGCUUCCGCAUCAUCCACUGGUACCAGUUAUGAUUUUACGCCAGAUAAGCAUCUAGUAUGUCAUGCUGGUGGAACUAUGUCAUAUCAAACAAGCGGAAACAACCAGGUAAUGCACAUGCAGCCUACAGCUGGAGAAGGCAGUUAUGCCCCAUCUUUUACUUCCCCUUUCCCUAGCUUUAUGAAGGUUAUGACGAGCUCCAAUGUUGGUGGAUCAUUCACAAUGGCUGUCCCUAAUAAGUUUGCAGCUGAAUAUCUUCCGUCUUGUAAGGCGGAGGUAGUUCUGUGCAAUUUGAGAGGGGACUCUUGGAAUGUUAUUGCAGCUCGUUAUGGACAGCGGACAAAGUUUUAUGGAGGCUGGAUGUCAUUUGUAACUAUGAAUGAUGUGAAACUUGAGGAUAUAUGUGUCUUUGAACUUCUUGAUGAGAGGGUGUUGCAAGUGCGUGUGUUUAAGGGUAGCCAUAAGGGACCAGAGUGUGUAUAUGAUGAAGUUAUAGCUGAUGACUCAACAGCUUCGGUUGAGUCUACAGAAUGUGGUGUUCUUCCGGAUACAUAAAAAUAAAAUGUGGUAUCCUGUGAGAAUCUCCACUGGUGCAAUGAUGAAGUUCUGCAUGUGUAGGUAGGGCACUAUCCAAGUUUCAACCUGAAGAAUAUGAUUCAAAGUCAUGAGUAAGGGUAUCCUUUGAUAAUCUUGUUCCGGGGUUUAUUUUUCUAGGAGUCGUUUGAUGGACACCAUAGUAUAUUCUUUGCUCAGUUGUACUUUCUAUCAAGAGCAAAGUGAACUGCAUUGUUCAGUAUUUUCAGUGUAAUGUAGUAGUGUUGAUGAAUUUCAAGUGCAAACUUGGUUGCAUCACCCCUAAGACAACGUCUUGUAUAUAAGGCUACUCUGGCGAAUUCUUAGGGAUUCAUGGCGGCAGUUCCCUAUAGUUGGUGGUUCAAAGACCAAAUUGUCUGUCAUGAUGAUGCAGUGCACACGUGAAUAAAAGAAUAAUUAGGCCGUUUCCUUUUUUUUUUUUUUUUUUUGUACUAUUGCAAAAUAAACAAAAUCAAAUACUAGUAAUAAUGUGAAUUCCUGAGAA